GUGCGUGUCGUCGCUGGCGAGAGUGUCCCCCCCUCGGGAGUUACAUCUCGUGCGUGUCAUCAUCAUUUGCUCCGAGAAUCUCACGAUCUCUCGUGUACACGCGGGAGGUAGUAGUAUCGGUGGUGACGUGUAGUCGCGAUCUCGUCCGCUUGAUCUCGUUGACAUCCGCGAGGAGGAGGAGGAGAGUGUCGUGUCCAGGAGGCCCGGUUAACCCGCGGCGACGAGGAUGAUGCACAUGGGCGAUCACGGGGGCGUGGGGGUGCUGCCGUUCGACGGAAUGGGUCUGUACGAGCAACCCCGGCCGCCCCGGCUUGUUUUCAAGAUGCCGCGCGUCGUGCCCGAUCAGAAAACGAAAUUCGAGGGCGACGAACUGUUUAGAAGACUGAGCCGCGAGAGCGAGGUGAGAUACACCGGCUACAGAGACCGGCCGCUCGAAGAGCGUCAAGUACGUUUCCAAAAUGGCUGUCGAGAAGGCCACACGGAGAUCGCGUUCGCGGCGACGGGCACCAACCUCCAGCUUGUUUUCGGCAACGCAUCUGGAAACUACCCCGUCGAUCCCAACGACUGUGACUUCGACAAGGAACACGGCAAGGUGCACCUGCGCUCGCACUUGAUCAUGAACGGCGUGUGCGUGAGGUGGCGGGGCUGGAUCGACCUGGAGCGGCUUGACGGCGUCGGCUGCCUCGAGUACGACGAGGAACACGCUGCCGAGGAGGACGCGCUGCUACGCGACCAGCUCGAGCGCUACAACCAGCGGCUGCGCGACUUCGAGGAGAAACAGCGGACCUACCGCGGCGGGCCGGCGUCGGCCGCGCAGCCGCCGCAUCUCAACCAUCACUACCAUCACGACACGCAUCACGCGGCCAGCCAUCAUCAUCACCAUCACGGCCACCACAGCCGCCACGUGGGCGGCGCGGGCGCGACCGGUGCUACCGCGACCGGCAUUGAGCCUCACCUGCCGCACCGCCAGGAUCCCGAGAUGGAGGUGCGACUGCGAGCCUACUGAGGCAGCUCCUCGCGCCCCAGACCCUCCGACUGCCUCCGAUGAUGGUAAACGACGACGAAGUAUCUCUCUCCCUUGACGAUACAAGUUGAUCUCUUUUGGUCUCUCGAGGUGACGUCGUUAGCGCGAAAGGCGAGAUCGCGGCUAAGGGCUGCGGGAACGAUACCCACGGCGAUACCGGCGAUGCCACAGGCUUCCUCGCCUGUUCUGCGACACGAGCGAGCGAGCGAGCGAGCGAGCGGAAUGCCCGUCGCGAUCCGCAAGGAAUAGAUUUGCUAGUCAGAUUUAGAUUAUCAGAUUUUAGGUAAUACAAUCGUUGAAAAUAAUUCUCGUUACACGCUAAUUCUCGCUAUUAAUCUACGUUACGAUCCCGCCCGUGGCAACAAAUUUGAAAGUUGCGAAAAUCGCGUUUUCACAACUUAUUUAUUUGCCCGGCGGAGUGCUCUGCGUUUCGUUUCGUCGCGCAGCUUAUAGCUUGAAUAUCCGUUAGCUCUACUCUAAAGACGUAUCGGCAAAAUUGACUUGUAGUUAUACAAAAAAUUAUAUAUUAUACAUAUAUAUAUAUAAUUAUGGAUUUAUAUAAUACAUUUUUAUAUAAAACUGUAAUUAUAUUUUACCUUAUAUACUUUGUGUAUAACUAUUUUUUAACGUAUUUAAUGUGUAUAGCGUUCGUAACACACGUACAUUUUACACUUUAAUCUUGCAAAUUUUCGGACCGUGUGACGUCGUUAAAGGAGCAUCGUUCGGAAACGACAACGUUAUCUUCAGAUUUGAUUUAAUACUCACGGAACAAUAAUGGCGCUGAUUAGUUUUGUCGCAGAACAGGCAUCUUUGCGUCAGAAAUUUCAAUUAUUUGACGCAUUUUUGAAACCCCAGUACUCGCUUUUUUUAAUGACUGAUGUUUUUGGGGGAAAAAUAGACAAAUUACAAAUUUCUCUUCUCAUGUAGACAUAUUUUUUUAAAUUUAGCACUUGAUUUGAUUGACGUUAUUGAAGUUUUGAUCUGCAAUGAUUCUGCGUCGAAGAAAUAUAUAAAUAGUAUUUUGUAAAAAGAAAAAGUCAACGGUAUCGUACGUAGUAGUAAAGAUCCUCAAAUAUAAAGAUUGGACACCGCGUCCUAAACAUGGCAAACUAAUUAAAAAUUGUCUAAACGACUCCCAAUCUUACUUUUGAGAAUCUCUAAUAGUCUGUCUGUCAAUGGAUGUAAGACUUAAGUAAGAAAUGAAUUAAUCACAGUCGAACACGAGUAGAAUAAUCGACUAAUCGAUUUCUCAUGGCUUAAGGCUUCCUACACCUAUUGUAGAUCGACCCUUAAAGGUAUCGUAUCUUCAACCGUAUCUACACUGCGAGUAUGCGAGAUCCGCUUUUGCUCGUGCGAUAACGAUCAUCGUGAACUUCGCGUGAUAAUGUCGCGGAGACAACAAUAGCCGCGAUGAUUUAUAUUAUAUCAUCGAAUGAGGAAUGUGCGAACGGCUCGCCAGUGACGAAAUAUAUGAAUCACGAUGAUUCCCGCGCGUUCGGCUAACGAGUACGAUGAAUCACUGUCGAAUCGAAUGUUGCGUCUGCUUGCAUUUCACGUUUAAGUUGAAUAUCGCAAAGAGGAAACUUUUUGUUACAUUGUACAUAUUUGUAAAGAGUUUAUAUAUUAAAGAUAUCAUUUGCGUCGCA